UGUAUUCUGGAGAGAGGAAUGUGCUGCAUUGAGUCCGACUUAUCUUUGUAACUAAAACGAUGGCUCGGACCGUGGUUACAUUACUACUGUGGUGUAGCUGUUUAAUACCCUAUUCUUUAGCAGCUGAUACYGAAGGAUACUUCGAUGGAAAUGCUUAUGCUGAGUACCUGCUCCACAGAAAACCAGUCAAAAGCAGCAAUAAUAACAUAAGUUUGUCAUUUAGAACUGUCCAGCCCAAUGGGCUGUUACUGCAUGGCGAUAGUACUGGUGAUGAAUUUGGAGAUUAUUUUACCCUUGAACUCAUUGGUGGAAAACUUAGAUUCGCUUUAAGUUUUGGCCGCCAUCAAGGCGUAGAUGACAUGAAGAACAUCACCCUUGGUGACGAGUUGGCAGACAAUCGGUACCACACAGUUAAUAUCGAACACAAUGGCCGCGAAACCUGGGUGAAACUCGAUACCAGUACACUGGGAGAAAAACACCGACGCAUUGAGACGCGUUACAAAGAACUCUACCUCGACGACUUUUUCUUCAUUGGCGGUGCCCAUGACUUCCGUAGGCUUCGAGACAUCAUUUCUGGAGCCAACUUUAACGGAUGUCUGAAAAAAGUGAUGUUUAAUGACUGGAACUUGCUGUUGUCUCUUGGCGGCGAUGCUACUACACUAAGAAAGUACGGUGUCAAAGACAUCUGUCCUGGGGACACAGAGUACCAUCCGUUCACACUCAAUGGCAGUCCUUCCCAGUUCACAACCUCUAUAAACCCGAGGUCGAACGAGCUGAAGGGUCGCCUUAAAUUCCGUACCUACAAAAACAAAGGAACACUCUUAACUCAGAAGAAAGCAAACGGUAAGGGAUUCGAACUGACCUACGAGACCGAAGCUGUGGAACUGAAGGUGUACAUCAAAGACAACCCAACGAUUGUAUCUGUAAGGCAGGUGUUCAAAUAUCAAUCUGUAGAUAAAGGAAUGUGGCACGAUAUUGACUUUGAAAUCAGUGCAGCUCGUAUUUCUAUCACCGUCGAUUCCAUUAACGACAACAGACCCCCUGGAUCUGAAUUCCCUCGAGAUUUUUUCACCGGGAAUGUCUUGGUUGGAGGGGACUAUGUUGGCUGUAUAUGGGACCUGACUCUAAACGACGGAAAAUUUGACCCUAACACACAAUUAAACAAUCCUAAUAUCCAACUCGAUGUCUGCAACAUUACUGAUUUCUGCUUCCCAAGCACCUGCAAGAACUUUGGCAAAUGUUCCCAGGAUGGCAAAACCUUUGCUUGUGACUGCUAUGGCACCGAUUACAAGGGAUCUGUCUGCCAAUUACCCAAGUAUUAUCGUACUUGUUACGAACUUCGAGAAGAAAACAUUGAUAUGGAAACAGGCAACUACACCAUUGAUCCUGACGGUCCUGGCCCUGAAAAACCCUACCAAACAAUUUGCAACAUAACAACGGAACUUGAUUGGUUUGAGAACGAGAUAUCUCGAGUUUGGACCGAGGUUAAAAGCAUGGAUUAUAAUGUAAUGCUUCAGAAGUAUCCUCCAGAAGAAGCAAGAAAACCAGAAUCUGUGAUUCGCGAUGUUAUAUACAAGCCGUCAUUCUACUCUGCCCAGACGGUGGCUAUGGCAAGCGAGUAUUGUCGUCAGUUUGUGGAAUAUCUGUGCACCAAUUCCAAACUGCUUAAUAAUCUAAAUCCAGCUUAUGGGCAUUGGGUGGGUACCCAUGGACGACAUUACUACUAUUGGGGUGGAGCCACUAACAGUGAAGCUGAUCGUGGAAAAUGCGCUUGUGGAACAAGAAAAGAUUGUAUUAAUAACAAGAAUUGUAACUGUGAUGCUGGCCUAGACACCCUUGAAAGUGAUGAAGGAUAUCUUUUUGGAUCCAACGGACAGACCCUACCCGUCUCUCAAGUUCUGUUUGGUGAUGUCGACAUUGACAACGAUCAUUAUGCUAACUACACAGUAGGGAGUCUUUACUGCUACGGAAGGGCAAACAAUACCGCUACGUUCCUACGGGAAGACGGUAUCAUCAGCCUUCGCUAUCGUGAAGGAACCCUUGAUGGUGACAAUGGCCAUAUAUCUUUGUACUUCCGCACUCCUUAUGCCCGUGGAAUUCUGUUCCACCAAGGCGACAAAACCAAAAACACUCGGGAUUUCAUCCGUGUGGCUAUCACAUCCAACGAUACACUGACUCUUUCUUUUGACAUUGGCAACGGACCACGGGAAAUUUCUAUCACAUUGCCGAAAACCGAAUUCAAUACCAACAGACUUUGGCAUUCAGUUAUCGUUUGGCAUAAUAUAAAAGAGUUUGGCCUGCGAGUCGAUGGAGUCGAAAAAACCCUUUUGAAUCCUUUGCAGCAGAGCAAACAACUCGAUGUUGUGGGCAACUUGUUCAUUGGAGGUUACAUGAAGGAUCUAAUGGAAGGAUUUGUUGGAUGUAUUAGAGGACUGACCAUAAAUGGAAGAGUCAUCGACCUGGUCAAAUUCGCCAAAGAAACUGACUACGUGAACCCCGGAUGUGAAGGUUCUUGCGCAACGAAGAACGAAUGUCAGGGCGGUGCGCGGUGCAUCGAUGAUUAUAACAUUUAUCGAUGUGAUUGCCACCUUACUCCUUUCUAUGGUUACUUCUGCGAAAAAGACUGGGGAGCAUCUUUCAAGGAGCAGGAAAGCUACUUGAUUUACACAUGGCCUGAGGCCCAACAAGACGCUAAGGGUACAGAUUUUGCCAUCGGAUUCAGAACCACACAGUGCUCUGGAACCAUCAUGACUAUGAAAAGCACUGACCCAAACUACUAUUUCGCGAUCUCUAUUGAAGUGAGUGACCGGCUGCGUUUUGAGUUCAAGUCUGGAGACAAAACCGACGGAGCGUUGGAAAUCAAACCACCUAAUGGCAAAUCCUUCUGCGACAAUAAGCGUCACAUAUUUUCUCUUGAAAGGAUGGUGGACGAAAUCGUAUAUAAAGUCGACGGACUCUCAGAGAUAAGAAUGGAGGUCCCAAGGUUGUCAAGAAUAUUCAAACAGCCAAAAAGUAUCAUCAUUGGUGCUACCGGACGUGGCCGAUUCGAGGGCUGCAUUUCUGGCGUCAAGAUCACUAACUGGCCAGACGAGAAAACGAAGCUGCCUACUGUAGAGCCUAUCAAAUGGAGCGAGUAUGAUUUUACUCAUACUGAUGAGAUCGAGAAGGUUGGUAUUGCACGGGAUAAAUGUGGUCCUGAACCUGAAGUUCCUCCUAUUCCUACACGCCCCAUUCCAGGGCCACAUGGUGCGACUACCCCUCCUCCUGGACCCCCUGGGGGACCCGAGAAGGGCAAGCGUAAAGUAGCAGACGAGAACACUGCAAUCAUAGUGAUAGUGGUGUUGUUGGUUAUCCUAAUUAUCAUCGCUGUAUUGGUACUCUUGUACUGGUACUAUGCUAAAAAUAAGGGUGUCUAUCACACGCACGAAGAUGAUGAUCAAGCCAGAGCAUCCGAGCCUUUUAUCGAUUUACAACCCAUCUCAGCUGGUGCUGCGCCCGCGGGUGCACCAGAGAAGAAGCAAGAAUGGUACAUCUAGGUGUGGCCUAAACGUGUGCGAAACGCCUUGUCUUAUACUCUUUACAAGAUAAUAUGAUGAUUGGAAGACUAGAUCAGUUUUGCCAUACACCUAACAAAGGCAACCCAAACUCCAGUAAGCUUUGUUAAAGACAUUUAAUGUUACAUUCCCUAAACACUAUCGUUUGGUUUCGUAUUCGUAAUGGUAUGUAACUUUUGGCUUUUUAAUUUGGCUCGUAAUAGGUUUUAACAUCAACCCAACUACUAAAGCUGGUUUGAUGGAGUAUAAAGAAUACAAAUUGAUACCAACAUCAGCGAUCAUAUUCAUGUAUAAGAAAAAUCGAUAUAUAGAGCGUUUUCUCAAGGUUGCGUGCGCGUCAAAAUUUAAGGAACUUGACGGGCCACGAUACCAGAACACGAGUAUAAACAUGCAUUGCUAUGAUAUUUUUUCGAUAAGAAUUCAUAAAUCGAUUAUUCUCCUCUUUAAAUAUAAAACUGUCUUCUCAAAUUUUACUGAAUUUGCGUUUUUCAGUUUUGUGGCCCGUCAAGUUGGAUAUGCACGCAACCUUGAGAAAACGGUCGAUACUUUUGUAACUUCGUAAUAAAUCAGCCAACUAAACUUAAGAAAACGUGUUCGUAACUUUGUUAAAAAAUUAAAAACAUUUCGUAAUUGGUAAAAUAUAUUUUCAUGUAAAAUUGUCUGAACAAGAAAUAUAAAAAUAAGACGCAUUAGACGGCAGACUAAAGCUACUUCUUCACAAGUAACUUGGUUUUUAUUAUGCGAUAAUCAAACGUAAUAAUUCAAAAACAACAUUGAUUCUAGCUAAGUUUUGUUUUACCAAGCUGUUGUAAAAAUUAAUCCAUACAGUUUUAAUAUGAUUAUUCCUAGUGGUAUACGACUGCUGCAUGCUUUGUCUGUGUUAGCUCACACGUAACUUCAGAAAUAAGGGGUAAAACAUUAGAAAAUAUGUCUAACAUUUUCUAAAGAUUAAGAGCAAUUCCUGUUUGCCUUGUGACAUCACAGACGCCAUAUUGGAGGAAUGAACUGAUUUUGUUUGUUGUCAUCCAAUAUGGCGGUCAAUUUUUUUUUCACUUCAUUUGGGUAUGCUAUCACCCCUAGAAUAUACGAAACCUGUUUUUCUAGAGUAACGUCAGUGUUGAUCCAUGAGAAUAAAGCUUAUCAAUCAGCACAAAUGUAGUAUCAAAAAAAUUUCCAUGAGCUUUAAUUUGAAACUAGGUGGUUGUGAGUCGCAUUUUCCCGUGUAAUAUUACUAAUACUUGAUAUUCAUUGUCGCAUUGCUCAGCACAGCACAGGCCAAAGCUUUUUCAGGUUCCCUAUUUUGGUAGAUGUAGAAUAAUACUUUCAUUUGAUUUGAUUGACUUAAUUUGCAUGCUUACCACUAAUGAUAGUUAACCAUAAUGAUAACUCACGAAACUCAAAAUGUGUUGUCAAUAAUCUGUAAAGGAGUUUUUUAAACAAUAAAAUCGAGAAAACUGAA